ACUGUCGCCUGUGUUUUUGAAAAAAAAUCUGUUACUUCCUUGUAUUCCUUAUUUUAGCUGUUGUGAAUGGGUCAAGUCUUUUCUACUUUAAUUUAAAUUGUGUUCAUAAUGCAUGUCUCCAUAAAAAAAAAACCCACAGCUCUUGUUAAAAAAGCAUUAGGGUUUACUAACUUUGCGCCAGUUCUAGAGACUACUAGUAGUUACUAUCCUCAGACCUUUUUACGACCGAAGUAGCUAAUGAAUACCACAUUAUGUACCAAUGAGAGCGCUUAACGGAUGAGCCAUCAGUUCAAUCCAAUCAGAACGAGUUUAUUCCAUGACCGAAAUAGUUCGGUUGCCUGGUCUGUGACAGCUUUCGCGUGCAGAUGAUGGCGGUAAAUAGAAGCGAAAUGCAUUUAGUAUUUUAUACAAAUACAGCAAAGAGUUAUUUUAUGGAUAAACUGCAUGCAUUCUACUUUGCUGUUUUGUCAACAUCUAAAAGUUAAAGGUUCACUCUAACAUCAGGUAUAUGGCUACAGUGCAGGUUUUCUCAAAAUCUGAGACUUUAAUGUGUAGGUAAGCUUGACAUCCCGGUGUUUUGUUUGAAUAUUUACUCAAAGUUGAUUUCCGACACAUUAGCUUUGCAUUGCCGCUUUCUGGAUGUUACCCAGUUAGCAGGUAAAACUGCAUUGAUUUCAACCUCGAUAUCAACCAGAAGUUGCUGAGCGUUCCUAAGAGUGGGUUUCAGGGCAGUGUCUUUGUUCUGAUAGCAAGCCUAGUUAGCUAGCUAGCCAGCCAUCAGGGACUCAUCAGGCUAUUCUCUGGCUUAAAUUGAAGAAAGGAAGAACACCGGCACAAGGGACACAGUUAUGAGUUUAUUCAGGAUCCUGAACCAGACAUGACUGAAUCCAGCUCUGAAGGCCCAUUUUGCUGAUGUUUAAAGAACACUGACUUAAAUCAGCACAGUGUUUUUACAGAUGACCUGCUGCUUGGCACAGGGGCGUGUGUCCUGACGCUGUGGGAGGGCACAUGUGCAUUUGGAGAGAUGGACCGAUGUAAGCACGUGGGGCGUCUUCGCCUCGGCCAUGACCACUCCACCCUCAACCCACAGAAAUGGCGCUGCAUGGACUGCUGCACAACGGAGUCCGUGUGGGCCUGCCUCAAGUGUUCACACGUGGCCUGUGGCCGCUUUAUGGAGGAGCACUCUCUCAAACACUUCCAGGAGUCGCACCACCCUCUAGCCAUGGAGGUGCGGGAGUUGGAUGUGUUCUGCUUUGCCUGUGGAGACUAUGUGCUCAACGACAAUGCUGAGGGAGACCUCAAGCUCCUGCGGGGGGCGCUCUCCACUGUGCGUAGCCCGGGCAGGCGUUCCCUGCGCUCCUCUGCAGGUGGUGAUGGCACCCCUUGGGUGGGCGAGGGAGGACCCCAGCCUGCCAUGCAGAUGGCCCUGUGGCACCGCAGGAAGGUGCUGCUGGCUAAGAUGCUACACCGCUGGAGGACACGGCAGCAGGAGGAACAGAGCCAGCGGGAGAGAAAACUCGAGCAGGAGAAAGAGGUCCGACGCCAGAAGAAGGAAGUGAAGAGGAGGCUCAUGGGAGAGCUGGCCAACGUGCCACCCAGGAAAAGUGCCAGGCUUCUUACCCAGGCACCCCGUUCGACCAUCACACUCAUCCCUUUGAAGUUCCGUGACCCUCCGGAGCGUCUGCCUACACCUAAAAAGCCCUCUCUUCUAUCCCUGAAGCCACCCAGCAAUGGCAGAACUGGUAAACUGCGAGUGCGGAGGUACUACACCUCCCAUAAGACGACCCGCAAAAGGCUGGCCCCGGGGGUCACGGGGCUCCGCAACCUAGGAAACACAUGCUACAUGAACUCUAUCUUGCAAGUGCUGAGCCACUUGCAGAAAUUCAGGGAGUGCUUCCUCACAUUGGACAUGUGUGAAACUGAGGAGCUGCUGGCCAAGACUAACCAGGGUGUAGUUGGGGGGGAUGGUGCAGCUACACCUGUCUGCCCUUUGGGACGUGGCCUUGGGAAGGCAGGUGGUGGAUGUCCUCCUGCAGGCAGCAAGCAGGGCUCACCCCCCUGCCUAAACGCAGCGGAGUUGGUUCAGCCCAAGGAGCCGCGUUCCUCAACCCGCCAGCAGAUGUCACUGUGCCAUGAACUGCACACUCUUUUCAGGGUCAUGUGGUCGGGCCGCUGGUCGCUGGUGUCGCCUUUCGCCAUGCUGCACUCUGUGUGGAACCUGAUUCCGGCGUUUCGUGGCUACGACCAGCAAGACGCCCAGGAGUUCCUCUGUGAGCUGCUAGACAAGGUGCAGCAGGAGCUGGAGUCAGAGGGCACCAAGCGAAGGAUUGUCAUCCCCAUCACCCAGAGGAAGCUCUCCAAGCAGGUGCUCAAGGUCCUCAACACCAUCUUUCACGGGCAGCUUCUCAGCCAGGUGACGUGUCUGUCCUGUCAGCACAAGUCAAACACAGUGGAGCCAUUCUGGGACCUGUCCCUGGAGUUUCCUGAGCGCUACCACAGCAUGGAGAAGGGGUCUGCAGCAUCUCUGGCCUACCAGCGCAGCUGCUCGCUUACGGAGAUGCUGGCCAAGUUCACAGAGACCGAGGCCCUGGAGGGCAGCAUCUAUGCCUGCAACCACUGCAACAGGAAGAAACGGAAGACGUCCCACAAGCCUCUGAUCCUAUCAGAGGCAUGUAAGCAGCUGCUGAUCUACCGCUUACCUCAGGUUCUACGGCUGCACCUCAAACGCUUCAGAUGGUCGGGCCGGAACCACAGGGAGAAGAUCGGCGUCCAUGUGGCCUUUGACCAGGUUUUGAACAUACAGCCCUACUGCUGCACAGACUCUGGCCAGCCAGUCCACAGAGAAGGCUACACCUAUGACCUGUCUGCUGUGGUCAUGCACCACGGGAAAGGCUUUGGCUCAGGGCACUACACUGCAUACUGCUACAACACCGAGGGUGGUUUCUGGGUCCACUGUAAUGACUCUGAGAUGAACGUGUGCAGCGUGGAGGAGGUGUGCAACACUCAGGCCUACAUUUUGUUCUAUACUCAGAGGUCUGCUUAGGCCCCCCUCUCCUACAUGUCCACCCUACACCAGGACUUAUACUACCUGACUUUCAGGACUCACCCGCCAGGCCCGACAGCCAAGGCCUGACCUGGGGGACAGAGACAUCACGGUCCUUUACCUAUUUGUCAGUCAGGGCUUGUUACCUUGGUUUGUACCCGGUUUACACCUUAAUGUGUGUUCAGGCUCGAAACAGAUCAGCCCUCCUCAUUGAGUCUGGUAACACCCGUGUAAAAGCUACUGAACGUUGUACCACAAGGAAAGGCAAUGUUGUUCCUGGAAUGUUGCGGUGUCCGCAAAGGUUUUUUCUCUAUCCAUCCUUAAGGCCAGCUUUUGAUAAUGAUGAUGAAUUGCGUAUGUGGUUAGUUAUAUAUAUUUCACCAGGUGUCAAUACAUUGCAUUGUAUAGAACUUGCCUUACUUUAUGUUUAUUAUCUCCUUCCUGGGAUAAUGAACAGCAGCCAUUUGGAGUCUAAUGGGAAUAUUUCCGUCGGCCAAACUGAGUUUCCCCUUUGUGGCUCAGGAUCAGGUGCUUCAGGGCCUGGGUGGAGUAAGAGCCUGCAUAUACUGUCGGACAAUCCAGAACCAAUGUUGCCUAGCCUACCUCUGUUCUGUCAGUCAAGGGCAUUUCAGGCUCCAAACCAGUUUCACUGUCAUCUAUAUCUCACUCUGACCUCCAUCAUUCUGAUAUGUGCUGUUGUGGAAAUCUCAGGCUUGAAGGCCUUGAUCUGGGCAAACGGAAGGAACAGGGAUAUAUUGUGGGUACGGUUUCCUUUACCUUGAAUAUAGGUAAGGGGUUGUGUGGCAGGCAGUCACGUCAAACACUGAUGGAGACUAUUGAGCUAACUGGCGUCACACUGCACCUUUGUGGAGGAGUGGUUUAGGUAAGUGAUCUUGUGAUCGAUGGGCUCCUUCUGAUCUUCUAUUGACUUCUGUAUCCUGUGGCAGCUCUCUUCUCCUUCUACUCUUAAUUGUAGAAGCUUGUCGGGCUUUUCUUGAAGUCCGAUGUACUGUACAUGUUCAUGGAUGGGAUGAACAAAGGACUAAAGGAUUAGAAAUGUUGUUCAGACUUGUUUGGGCUACGAGGGGUACCAAAUUCACUGGAGUGGAGCACCUGCAAGCAAUAUACACGAGACAUCAUGAAAUCAAGAUAAAAUCAGGAAUUCUUCAGCUUUGUAAUACAAUGUUGUUUUUUUCUACUCUGCUCUUUCUAUUUGGGGUCUUAAUAGUUUGCCAGGUAAUCAAGAUAUUGUACUGCCUGUCUUGAUAGGAAUCAAAUGCAAAAUUCAUUUGUAGACUGUAAAAGUUGGAACAAUCUAAUGACGAUGAAUGUCUUACAUUUUGAGCUCAGUUUUGGCUUUUCCAUCAGCCUCAUGAUCUCAAGUUCAGUUCUGUAUUGUAAAAGCACCUGUCAUUAAUGUAAUGUUCAUAUGGGGUUUGCCUGACAAUAAUGAUUAAAAAAACUAGAAAAUAUGA